AUGCAAGGCCUGGCGGCAUCUUGCAAGAUCGUGCUCGUGAUGUUUCUGCUCGGCUUAGGCUUGGCAGGAGCAACCGCCGACAGCCGGAGGAGGGUCGUCUCCAGCAGCCCCGACGAGCCGUGCAAGAAGAUGACGCUCUACCUCCACGACAUCCUCUACAACGGCGUCAACAACACCGCCAACGCGACGGCGGCGCCGGUGACCAAGCCGACGGACCUGAGCACGUCGCACUGGAGCAACGGCACCUUCUUCGGCAUGCUGGUGGUGUUCGACGACCUGGUCACGGAGGGUACGGCGCUGCCGGUCGGCGACAAGGAGCCGGCGGCGCGCGCGCAGGCCUUCUACUUCUACGACGACGAGACGCGCGACCUCUCCAUCGUCGGCGGUACCGGCGACUUCUUCAUGGCGCGUGGCAUCGCGACGAUUCGCACGGACGCCACUGAGGGCUACUUCUACUUCCGCCUCAAGAUGGACAUCAAGCUCUAUGAGUGCUACGUCUGA